AUGAUGAUGAGAUUCAAAUAUCUGCUCUUCUUUGCACAAGAACUCCUCUUUUCACAUUGGAUGGAAACGCUGACAAAACAUCUCUCUCUAUACACAAAAACAACAGAUUAUUUCAUCGCCUCGUUCGUGGUGUUAACUUUAUUCGGCGCGUACAGACACGCCAAUCCAAUCUACUUUGGCCGCUUGCGCUUGCGAAACCUGACGAGACCGCCGCCGCCGUACGAUAAAGCCGAGUUCGAUUGGCGCAAAGGCAUACCGGCGACGAGGAAGUUGUCGAAUUCGUACCUGUGGGUGAUCUGGUUUUUGAAACAGAGCAAAGCGUACGUGACGUAUUUGUACGGGUGGAUCGUGCACGUGUUGAGAGUGAGCGAUAAGGAGUUUAUACAAACCGCCGGGUUGGACGGGUUUGCGUUUUUGAGAGUCGCGCAGUUAGGGGUGCAGAUUUUCUUCCCGGUAGCGGUGGUCGUGUGCGCGAUUUUUAUUCCAGUGCACAUGGCGAUUUGUAGCGAACUUAACGCGCAGUACGAACAAGAUAUGUUGGAAGGUAAAGAUACGACGUUAUCGGGAGCGAUUCGAUCGAUAUUGAUGCAAACGACCGCGGCGAAUGUGCCGGACAACGCGAGCUUGUUGUGGUUGCACGUGUUUUUCUUUCAAUUGAUUACGUUGUACGUCGUGUGGUUGGUAGGUAAACACGUGAAAUCGUUUACGAUUUUACGACAGCUCUAUUUGACCACGAAAGGAGACACGAAUUUAUGGAGAGCGGUGCACCAACCGGAAUCGAUUUUAGUGCAAUUGGUGAAACAAGGCCAAAACGUAUCCGACGAGAUGGACGUGGCGCAGAUUGAAGAAAAUUUACAGGAGGUUGGCGUGAGGACGUUGGCAGUGCCGAGUUUACAACGAUCGAAAGAUUUGCGUUCGUUUGACUUGGAAAAUGCGCCGGCGAUUGUGAAAGAUGGCGGCCACACCGGGAGCGUGACUUUUUUCGAGAAGCAAGAGAGCGGAAGCGGCAUUCCAUCGCCGACGACGAGAAGGGGAAGCGAGGAAAUGCCUGAAUACGGAGGUGUUUCACCAAUCAGGAGCAAUAAUAACAACUACAACAACAAUAACAACGCGAGUUAUAAUAGCAGUAGUCAUAAUAGCAGCCAGAGUGGUGGGAAUAAUAAAAAUAGCAAUGAAGGAGGCGAUGGAGGUCGAGGGUCGGGGUCCUCGUUGAUGAAAUCGAUGUCUUUAAUGCGUUCGACGUCGCUCGGGUCAAAAGCUAUGACGGCAGCGUCGGCGAAAGCAAAGGCCAAUGCGAUGAUCAAAUCACAAGCUUUCAAGUCGAAAGGUGUCGCGUCGUUGAGCCGUCGCGAGCGUUUGGGGAGUCAGUCUUCGCCAGCGGGAGACGACGGAGACGACGGUAAUUUCGCUUUUGAUACUGACGAGGAUCCUUCCGCGCGCUCGGUCGUUUCCGUGAAAGCGCGACAAAGUAAGGCGAGUGGCGGUAAGGGAUUGUUUCGAUACGGCGGCGGUAGAGGCGGCGGCGGCAGCGCAGGACUAAACAGUACUAGCGAGGAAAAAAGGAUGCCAAGCAAGAACCAACCACCGCCGCGACACGUGGAGAAAGCCGGUGACGGCAAUGGUGGUCAACUACCAAGCUCGCCGACGUCUUCUGGUGGUGUUUCUAUUGCGGGUACGAUUACGAACACACCUCCGUCGACCACUUCGGCGGCAGCGUCGAAGAAACCGUCGUCUCCAUCAUCGGUAGGUAUUUCUUUGGAAUCCUACGCCGCGACGGCGUCUCCGAACUCGUCGGUGACGAAACGUAGCGGCGGAUUAUUCUCCCGGAAUUCGCCCAAAAAUUCAUCUCCGCAACAGCUUGAUUACGACGAAGCUGAGAAGAUGGUUUCAUCACCAACAAGCGGUACUUCUACUCCUACUUCUAACGACGAGGAUGAAGUGUUAGACUAUUCUCCGAGUCCUCUGAAAGGAAAUAGUAAAUCGCCGCCAGGCCCGAUUUCAGAGUCUGCGAAUAUUAGAGACGACGCCGAUUCCGACGACGACGAAGAGCGGGGGAUAAAUCCCAGACAACAACUCGACCGACACGCGGGUAGUUCGAGAUAUGCGCCGACGGAACGGCCGGCGAACACUCGAGGCGCCGGGAGAAGAAUCCUCGGCAUCUUUGGCGAUAUGGGUAAUUUAGGACGCUCAGUGGUUGGAUCUUCGAUGAUGCAAGCCAAUCGCGCCGCUCGGACUAUAUCAGGUCGAUCUCGUGAUAAUAAUCAUACUCGUAAUAAUAAUAGUAACGAUGAAGAAGACGGCGAGAACGCUUUGGACAUUACCGACGACGAUGUAAACAUGUUGACCUCGUCCAUAACGUAUAGCCGAGAAGCCGCGGCGGCGAGAAAUGCGAUAUUGAACAGGAACACUUCGAGCGGAAUGAGCACGAAUGAAGAAUCGAGCUCUCAAACCGAAUUAAAUCCGCCUCAAGCGCACCGUAGAAUGUCAAGUCGAGAAGAGAAUGAUAACAAGAGUGGUGGCGGCAUGUUCUCUCCGCAAAAACUCGCCCAAAAGCAGUUUCGUCAAAACACCGGCGGCGGUCAUCAUCGACGUACGGGUUCCGGAGGUUCCUUCGGAAACAUGAAUUAUAACUUAGAUUUGAGCGAAGCGCAAAAAGUCGUCGAAGGUCGAUCGUCUCUCGAAAACGCCAUUCGUCAAGCGCAAGAAGUGCAAGCGGCCAUCGCGAAAAACAACGACGGUCGCGACGUCGCCAUCGAUCACGAAUGGUGGACGGGUUUGGACGUCAGCGAAGAUCCAAACGUAGAAUACAGUUACAGCGAUAUGAUCGGUGCUUUACCGGAUGUGCAACAAUCGAGAUCGGUAAACACGUACGAUCCAGAAAGUCGCAAAUUAAUCUCCGUUUGGGCGGAAAACUACGUGAUUUUGUUGACCAACAUUCCAAAGUUCAAAUCAAGACGGCACAAGACGUUGAGGAAUAUACUCUCCGCCAAAUUUCUCACCAAAUUCGGAUCGAGCUCGAAAUCUGAGCCCGGAAGAUCGCAGCAGAUAGAAGAGGAGGAUACUGAAGCGAAAAGAGCGUACGCAGAUGAACAAUACGCGGCGAUGGAACGCAUGUUCAACGAAGUUUUCGGCAGCGAGUUUCGCGGGAUGAUUCCGGUGUACGAUCAUCGGCAAACCGAUCGUUUGUUAGACCAGAGAGACGAGAUCAACAACAAACUCGUACAAAUGCGUGGGAAAUGCGCCACAUUCGGUGAGGAUCCGCAGAAAAUGGCUGAUUUUGGACGGGAGAUGAGUUUUCUGAGACAACGAAGCGUUGAUGGCAGCGCGAGCGAAAAAGACCGCGCGAAAUUACAAGACAUCGAAUCGCAAUCGAAUCGAUCGUUAGGUAAAAGCCCGACGUUUUUCACCAUUCCAAAGGCCAGGAAAAAAGAAACGAGCUCGGAUCGAUCGUCAAAAUUGGCAGAUUUAGAGCACGAAUUGGAAGUUGUGGACUCGAUGAUUCUCGAGGAGAGAGAAAAAGCAUGGAACGGCGUCCCCGGACCAUCGGCGUUCGCGGUGUUUGAAACGCAAACGGCCGCAGCCAUGGCGGCGCAGUGUUUGUUACACCGUGGCGGAACGAACGAAUUCGUCGUCCAUCCCGCGCCUGGCCCAUCGGAUAUAAACUGGCAAACGUUGUUACAACCGAAACGGACCUCGGCGGUUCGUUUCAUGUUUGUCUACCCGGCGAUUGUCAUUUUGAUUCUCACUCCUUCGACUUUGGUCGCGACCAUGAUCACCUCCGCGUGCACGCUGCAAGCUCCAAGCGAUAGCAUCGAAACGUUCUUGGAGUGGUAUUGCGAUAACAAAGAAGUCGAAGGUUUACGUUUGCUCGUGUCUGGUAUCUUGCCGCCGAUUUUGCUCACGUUGUGGGAAGUCUUCGCCGUGUCCUUCUUCCUCUUGUAUUUAGUGCAGUCGCAAAACGUCCACGUGUCUCUCUCCGCCACCGAUCAAAGGUUCAUGAAAUUCUACUAUUUGUGGGGUUUACUGAACAUGUUAAUCGGCGGCAUCACCGGUGGGGCGAUUUCCGGGAUCAUGCAACAAGCUCUAGAAAACGGCACCACGGUGAGCAGUUUGCAGCAACAAUUCGGCACCGUCUUGCCGUUGUCCUCGAAUUUCUUCCUAUCCUUCGUUUUCUACCGAGCGGUGUUUAUUCCCACGUACAGGUUGAUAUUUCCACACCCUGGGGUGAUUUGUUACACCGUCAAUACCUAUUUACGGUGCUGCUUCGGGUGCACGCCAACGAAAAGAGAUAGAACGAUGAAAUAUUCGCCUCGACAAAUGAGAGCCGGACGAGAAGGCGGUUUGUUUUCGGUGAUUAUUUUACUCGGCUUGACGUUUGCCGUCAUCGCACCACUGAUUGCCGCGGUGUGUGCGUUCUUCUUCCUCACCAACUUCAUCAUUUGGAGGUAUCAUUUGUUGUACGUCUACGAACGCGGAUACGAAUCCAACGGCACGGUGUUUUACUCCUGCGCGGAGUUGAUCAUGUGGUCGUUGGUCAUCGCGCAGACGUUCGUCUCCUCCGUGUUGUUUUCAAAGAGCGCGUACGCGCCCGCGAUGUUCCUUUACCUCACGGUUCCGUACUACCUUUACACGUCGUGGCAAAAAACGGUCGCUAAAUUCGGUGACGCGCGUUCGUGGUCGGUCCCGCUCGGCGAAACCGUCAAAGCGCCGGCGACGGAUUUCGGCGGCGACAUCUACACCCACCCGGCUUUAAGAGUCGGCGCGAGAGGGUGGCACCCGGACGUCGGGAAAGUCUGGCGAGGGUACCCCGGGGUUGUGAGUAAGAGAACGUUUUAG